AUGUCAGGUCAUCACAUACAUACACCAAGUUAUAUUAAGCCACCUACGGGAGGUUGGAAUUUUACUCCCGCCAACUGGAAGCAGAAUACGGUUCUUGUUUUGGUGGGAUUCACAGCCUGUUGUGUGGGUCUCUAUAAGUUGGGAGAGGCAGGUUCUUACAACCCAAAGCUGAAAUAUAAAGAAGAGGAGCUUUCCAGAUGGAACCAAUCGGCAAAGAAAAACUAG